AUGGAAUCAUCGCGGCCGACGUCGAAAGAAAGGAAGGGGAACAACGAUGAAGUUCCAUUGGAUAAAACCGUAGGAACCCCUAUAAAUAAAGGAUCUUUUAAAACAUUGAAAGCCAAAACGAAAAAUGAUGAUAAGACAGCGAAGGAGGAAGAAGGGAAAGAUGGUCAAAAAAACUCAACAAAGCCUGAGUCGAAAACCUCUGGGGAGAAACUGGCAAAAACAGAAGGCGAUGAGAAAGCAGCUGAAAAGCCACCUGGGCAGAAAAGUGAAAUAACGAAAAAGGAGGAUACGAAAAAGACGGAUUCAAAACCCCACGACGAUAAGGAAACUUCAAAAGCAGAACCAAAAGAUGACUUAAAGUCGGAACCAAAAUCGUCUGCUGAGAAAUCGCAUAACAAAACUACUGAUGAGAAAACGGAAAAAACUUCGCCAGCUCCGACUGACUCAACGAGAAAGACGAGCUCAAAACCUUCCGACGAUAAAGAAACCCCAAAAGCAGAGCCGAAAGAAGCAAAGAAGCCGGAACCAAAACCUUCUGCUGAGAAACCGGUGAACAAAGCUACUAGCGAGAAAGUAGCCAAAACUCCGCCGGCUCGGACUGAUCAGUCAACGAAAAAGGCGGAUUCGAAACCCACCGGCGAUAAAGAAACCUCAAAAGCUGAACUAAAAGAUGCAACAAAGCCGGAACCAAAAUCUUCUAAAGAGAAGCUGGCGAAGAAAACAGCCGCUGAGAAAACAGCUGAAACUUCUCAGGUGAACCAGUUGAAAAAUAAGGAGGAAACGCAGAAAGAAGAACCAAAAAUACCAGACAUAAGCGUGGACGCCACGCUACCAAGUCCUGACACAAUAUCAGAACGAAUGGUUCUUUUGGAGCAAAGCAUGCGUAAUCGACCACCAAGACAGCCAAGAACUCCUGUUGAGAAGCUGCCCAUAAUAACAGUAAUGUGGAAUGGCAUACUUCAUCAUUUUCCUCUUUACGCUGUGCAACGUACGAAGUUCAGUUCGCCGGAAUUCAGCAUAAAUCUACAAGUAUAUUGUGACACUUACAACAGUCUCGUUGCUAAGCAUUGGAUGGAGAAAAUACCUGUCUUCAAGGACAUUAUACUGAUUACAGCAGCUCCCAAGCAGGCAUGGGAACUUGACAAAACGAACGUCACGAUGGAUACCAAAAUUGGUGAAGGGCAUUUCGGCGAAGUAUGGAAGGGACAACUGAAAACCAGAAUUGGUGAAUCCAUUGUUGUGGCUGUGAAAGUCAUGAAAGUCAAUUCGAAUACUCAACACCAACUUGAAAUGUUCCAUCAAGAGGCGCGACUGAUGCGGAUGUAUGAUCAUCGAAACGUCGUCAAACUCCAUGGCUUGGUAUUCAGUGAAGAUGACGUGAUGGUGGUUAUGGAGCUGGUCAGCGGUGGAUCGUUGAACCACUACCUCAAACAACAUAAGCUGAUGCCAUUAACAAAGGCGAGUUUCUGCUAUGAUAUUGCCGCUGGUCUUGCCUAUCUACAUGCCAGGAAUUGCAUGCAUCGAGAUGUAGCAGCUCGUAAUUGUCUGGUCGCUACUGAUGGACGGUUAGUAAAACUUUCCGAUUUUGGGUUAGCAGCUCAUGGAAGCCGUAUCAAGCUGUCAACAACCGAAAAAGUACCGAUCCGAUGGCAAGCUCCUGAAGUCCUAUUUUAUUAUACGUACAUGCGUGAAAGCGAUGUGUGGUCAUACGGUAUGCUAAUGUCUGAAAUCUAUAACGACGGUAAAGUGCCAUUUCAUGACAAAACCAUCGCCGAGGUGCGAGCAAGGAUCCAUGAUCCAAAUUUCCGUCCAUUCGUUCCGCAACUCCCAAACUACCCCAAAAUCCCGAUGUUAAUGCAUCGAUGUUGGGAGCUUGACGUCAUGAAGCGACCAACAAUGAAGGAAGCGGCUAAGCAGCUAAAAGGAUACUGUAUACAUACGGUCAAGGAAAAGCCUGCAGUCACGACAGAUUCGAAACAGCAGCUUAUUGAACGAGUGAAAACCAGAGGUCGGAUCGAGUUACCAUCUACGAUGGUAGAUGAAACUGAAAUGGACGAGGCAGUGAAGGAUUGUCGGUUAAAACCAUUCGUGCCUACUAACACCGGUUCGAAAAGACAGCAUGCGAGCCCGGAUAACGAUAAUCAUAAAAAUGAGCAGCCAAGAAAACAAGGAGAGUUACCUAAAAGCCAUGCAUCGAAGUCACGAAGACAGCAUGAUAAGAAGAAGGACACCUCACAGAAAAAGUAG